CCCACUCAGUCGUUUCGUGUUCUCCAUGUUUCUCGUUUCACAGUGCGGACCCGAGAACUGCACAAAGCGCAAUGUAUGUGCGCCAUUGCUGUGGAAGAGACCUACGAAGAGUUCUCUCAACGUAUAUUCGGUUUUCACGUUACAAACCGACUUUAAAUGCAGAAUAACGUAACAGAAUUAACACAAAGAUUGCUACGUUCCUUGGACAGUAAUUACAAUGUCAUUGAUAUGCCAGCAGUUGUUGAAAUCAUAUCGUUAUUGGACAAAGUGGCUAUUACCAAAGAAUUAUUGGAGACCACCAGAUUGGGAAAAUACAUAAAUGAACUGAGGCGUAAAACAACAAAUGAAUCUUUAUCAAAGAGGGCAAAAGAAUUGGUAAAGAAAUGGAGAAAUGCAGUUUUACCCGAAUCUAAUGGGCAGUUGAAGCAAAGUCCUCCGUUACAACAGUCUUUAACAAUACCAACACGUUUACCUUCAAAUCAAGAUGUGAAUUUAAACCAAGUGAAAACUAAAAAGCGGCCAGCAAAGGAUUCCAUAGACAAUAUAAAUGCCAAACGAGUGAAAUUGAAUGGCGGUAUAUCUGAAUUAGAUUUUUCUGAUAAUUCCAAUUCAAGUUUCAAAGAUGUGAUACCCACAAUGAAAACAGAACCAAAACGAGGUGUAAUCAUUAUUAAUUCGGAUUCAAAUUCAAGUAUUCCAGACAAACAAGACCCACUAGUAGAUCAGCAGAUGCCUAAAAAAAGGGGAAGAAAAAAAGGUUCAAGAAACCAUAAAAAACUAUUAGAUGAAGCCGAGAGUUCCUUCACCAGUAAACUGGCAGUUUCAAGAGGAAAUUCCAAAGUAAAAACAACACAAGAGUUACUUGCUAGUUUACAGAAUAAAAACUCAAAUUCAGCCUUAAAUUUGACUGUAAAACCUAAAGAAGAUCUAAUGGAAAAAGCAGCCAAGCUAACGGAAAGAGUAUCAAUAAUUGACCAACAGCUUAAUACAAAUGCAAACAGAAACAAAAAUUCUCAACGUAGCAAGUAUAAGCUAGAGAAAAAUGAAAGAAUUUUAGAGUCAGGUUCUGUGAUUAACGACAAAAGUCUGCUUAAUGAUCAACAGCUUUCCUUGAAAAAGGAAGAAGAAGAUGUCAAUGUUGUUGAUACAGAGAAUGACGAAAUUAAAAGUGAAGGGAAAGAAGAGAAUCAAGAGACUGAAAACUCAAAUUUUAAAACUUCUCUGAGUGUAGAAGAGGCCUUGAAGCAGCUCCCUCCUGUCGAUGAGUCUGUUUUAUUAGACGACGAAGGUGUAAGAUGUAGUUGCACAUUCAAAGAAAAUAAAUCUGAUUUCUCUGUAGAAGAAGAUGUAGAAGCUGAUGUAGACAGAAAAUUUGAGUUUAUUGAAGAUCAUAAUUGUCAAGCUAAGUUUAGUUUAAGGAAAAAAUAUCACUUAAAUAGUGUAACUGAUGAACAAGUGAGAAGGUUACACCAUACUUUUAUACCAAAUGUUAAUGGUAAUUUUAGUAUAGGAUCCCAAAAACCUGGACCAGAGUUGCAAGAAAAUGGUUUGUAUGUGAAUGUAGUGCCUAAUUUAAAUAUAGAAAGUAUACCAAAAGACGUAAAAAACUUUUCGGGUGAAAGUUAUAGCAGAUAUAGUUUUUCAGACACUGGUGGUGUGAAAAGUGAAAUCAAAGAACGGACAGGUGACGAAGUACCUGAUAGUGGUGAAUGUUUCAAAGAAUGGCAUGAAGUCAUUGACACUCCCUCAUAUGAUGGUGAAAUUUUGAAAAUUUUGCCAUACGUUAUUAUCGAUUGAAGUGCUAGUCUUUAUUAUAAUAGAUAAUAUACUGGAAAAGUUGAAGGGUUAUACUUGUUUGAGGUAAGUUUUCUCGGGCACAAUAUAAAGGUGCAUUCAAUUAAUUUUAAUAUAAAAAUAGUA